AUUUUGUAUUUUCUUUGAAGUUCUUUUAUUUCAGUUAACCCAACUCAGAACUAUGCUUUCGACGCUGGUAAGGAUUACAGUCCGGGACUAUUUACGAAUUAUGAGAAAAUACGUGUCACUCUUGGGGCAAACAUAAUGGUAGACCGCGAAGAUACCACAUUCGCUGAUUCGACCUACCCUUAUGCAUCUGCUGGUGGCUGCAACUGUGUUGUCAGUUGUCAGCCGUGGAAAGGAUACUUUAAUAUAUCGACAGUUGGCACGGGUUUGAGAUUUGGAUACCAGGUCACUUGGAUAACAUCGGGCUGGCAACCGGGAAUAUCGGACUUUACGCGAAAUGCAGAUAGCACAAGAAUUUGGGCUCGUUGUGGAGGUUAUUGUGGUGGAUGUUCUCCAGAUGGCCCUCUGUAUUUGUAUUACAAUGCGGAUGACGUUGUAGAUGAUGGAAAUACAGUAUACCCCGACUGUGUUUGAAUUCAAUGGAAUCAUCGACUAGAUAUGAGAAACAGUAUCUGUUAUCGAAAUGGCAGAAUUCACUUUUGAAUACAAGUGUAGUUACUUUUUGCACCUGUAGCCGAACGCACUGUCUGAGUUACGAAACAUUUUGUCAAAGGUCAAAAUAUUUUAAAAGAAACUACUAAAAUAUGUAGCAGAACAAACUUUAUGAGCAAAAACAUUAUUUCCCCUGAGAUUGAUAAGAAGACAAAAUUGCUUACAAGUUUAUCACGCGUUUGUUCUGUUACUAAUUCAGCCAUUUAUUCAUGAAAAGCCAGCACACGGAGGUUCUCGUGGACGCACGCGGAUGGUGAACAUAUUUGAUCGAAUAAUGUAAAACAAUUCAAGAUUUGUUUUAUCUCAAAUUCCAUAAAAUGUUACAGAGAAUAAUCAAAUAUUAUCAUAGUGGUGUCGAAACAGUUGCGUUUAGCGUAAAAUGAUUAUUCAUUUUCAUGUCUUGGUCUUCGAUUUUUAAUGAAAUUUCAAUACACCGACAAUGUGCUUUCUAUAUCAAUAAAUAUGAUGGAGUCGCAUCGCUCGUGCAGUUGGACGGAGCUUAAAAGACAAAAGAAUAAGGUACUAUGAACAUUUAUAUCUUGACAGUCUUUUUUUUUUUUUUUUGAAUAUUUUACAAAGAAAAAUAUAAUAAAAUUAACUGUUUUAUUUAAUGAUAGGGAUUCUUGAAACAACAUCCGCUAAGAUUCUGCAGACGUUUUGCGCGAAAAAUGUUUGUUAAUUGUACAACAAAACCCAUUAUUUAAACAGAUAUAGAUUUGCAUUAUUAUAUAUAAAGAUUCAAAAGGUAAAUUUGAAAGAUUAUUGAUAUAUAUUUAUGCCUCUCUGCUGGUAAUAUGAAAAAUUAAUUAUUCAUUGUUCCCCUCUGUAUGUGUAUG